AUGGCUUCGCCGGCCAAGUUCAGUUUUUCCGUCAGGAGCAUCCUGGAUUUGCCUGAGCAGGAUGCGGAGGCAGCGCCGCGGUCCUCCCCGGAGUACUCCUCCUGCUCCUCCAGCUCCUCCAGCUCGCCCUAUACCUCCUGGAUCGAGUGCGACCGGAGCCCGUGUCUGUCCUCUGAUGAGGGCAGUUUCGAGGCCUGCCCCGACUCCACCAAGCCGGAUGACACGUCCCUGGACUCGGAGCCGGAAAGGAGCAAGAAGACCAAGAAACGCCGCGUUUUGUUCUCUAAGGCCCAAACCCUGGAGCUGGAGAGGCGCUUCCGCCAGCAGCGCUACCUGUCCGGCCCGGAGAGGGAGCAGCUGGCCCGGAUCCUCAGCCUGACCCCCACCCAGGUGAAGAUCUGGUUCCAGAACCACCGCUACAAGAUGAAGAGAGGCCGUGCAGAGGGACUCCUGCAGGACGCGGAGAUCCCGCAGCCCCCGGUGCUGCGCAGGGUCGUCGUUCCGGUCCUGGUCCGGGACGGGAAACCUUUUCACACCUGCGUACUUGACUCGGAGAAGGUCGGCUGUUUGCCCCGCUCCUCUCAGGCGGUGCCCUUCCCGUUAGGCUACCCCGCUCUCCACCACCCGUCCCCGGUUGCUCUCCCUCCACGGUACCACCAGCACUUUCCGGCCGCCGCGGCCUCCAGACUGGCCUGGAGAGACUUGUGGAGCGACUCCCUCCAGUUCACGUCCCUCAAGUGAACAAGUGAAGGCCACAUCCAAUGCACAAGCUCAUUUAGAACAGCAUCAAAUGUUUUCUGAAUGUUUUGCAAGUUUCCAAGCUACUUAA